AUGCUUGAGGAGGAUAAAGAGGCAAUACGUCAGCUGAAAGUUGAUUUGGUGAGGCUAGUUGAUCUCCCAGACAAAGACUUUAAAUGCUAUCUUGAUCCUGCGUCUCGUAUGAAGUACUAUUAUAUUGUCUAUACCGCUGCAACGCAUAACACUUCUAAGGGGCCAGAGUACUCUGCUUCUGAUCUAGGAGAAGUGCUAUAUAUGGAUUAUCAUGAAAUAUUCACGAGUUAUCUAUGUCGAUUUCGUGAUCUUACGACUCCAAGCGAAAUGGAUUUAUUCCGGAAGAUUUUGAAUGUGUGGGGGCGCUAUAAAUCUCUCAUGAAUUGGAGCAUAUGGUCCUUUAGCUAUCUUUCUCGGUAUUUUAUUGUAAACCAUUCUAAGCCAACUCUUCAACAGGUUGCACUUGGAAUUUUUUUUGAGCGUAUAUUUAAGCUGCAUUUCGAUAUUCUCAGUCGAAUUACUCAGGAUUUAUUGAUCAAGGAUACCCUUGGGCAUUCUAUGAAUCAGUCAUUGAUCACUAUUGCAGUGGAUCUUUUUUCUUCUUUGCGCUCAUGCGAUAUACAGCGCAUUUACUUUGACAGGUUUCUACAUUCGUAUAUAGAGCGAUUAACUGGUGAAUGCAAGAAUUUACUUCAAAUGUGGAGCACCGAUACUGAUGGAAUCACUUAUUUAAUAAAAGUACACGAAGUUCUUUCAAAUGUAGGAAGCCGUUGCAGGGAGUACUUUUCUAAUCAAGAAGAACAAUUGAUUAUAUCAAGUAUAGAAAAUACUGUCAUUAAUUUACCUAUAGCACGCUCUAAAUUGAUUUUUUCUGAUAAUGGGUUCUUUUUUGCGUUACACACCCGCAAUGAGGAUGCUCUUAAAAAGUAUUAUGAUCUAUUAUCACGUAACAAGUCUGGGAUUAAAUUGUUAUCUUCAUCUGUUCGAGAAGAAAUCGAAAAUGAAAGCUGCAAUUUAUCACAGCUCCUUCAAGGUGGUGAAGAGACAGCUAAUGUAGUGCAAUAUCUAACCUCAAUAAUUAAGUUACAAGAGGUCUUUCAACACUUGGUUACUGAUUGUUUCCAAUCGAAUUUCAGGAUUGCAAGGGCAGUUCAGGAGGGUUUGGUUCGUAUUUUCAAUGGAAAAGUGCAGAUGAAAAAUCCUCACACAGAGCAAGAGUAUCACGUCUUAUUUUGCGAGCUCCUCGCGAGCUAUAUUGACAUAGUUCUUCAAAAGAUGGAUGACUCCGUAAAUGAGGAAAUUGAGAAUGUUGUUUCAGUAGUAAUGCAUUUGGUUGAACGAGAUUGUUUCCUAUUGUGCUUAAAAGAUCGUUUGUUUGAGAGAAUAACCUUUCCUAAUAAAAAAUUUCAUGAAGUUAACGAAUGGUUAUUCAUUGAAAUUAUCAAACAGAGAUGGGGGUCAACCAGUACAGCACAUUUAGAGGGUAUGCUAAAUGAUUUUCUCACCAGCAAGUCAUUUAAAGCCGUUGAAGUGUUUCAGUCCUUGGGUAAAACAUUGUCGUUUGAUGUUUCAGUAUUGUUUGCAAGGAAGGGUAUCUGGCCGGACUGCUUAUCAGUCAAGAAUUCUCUGAUUCUACCACAUUUUAUAAAAGAUUUACUUAAUCACUUACAGGAUGCGUAUCUCAGGGAUAUGAAGGGUCGUGCUCUUGUUUGGUCUCAUGAAGCCAGCAGUGCGGAGUUGAAAGCUAUAUAUGAACAGGGAACAUAUAUUUUCAGAGUUUCCGGUAUUCAAGCUUUGAUUUUACUUUCAUUCAAUACGAUGCCAGAACAAAGUAUUCAUCACAUCAUGACGGUGAAUGGGAUUUCAAGUACCCGGCUUCGUCAAAGUUUGCCACCCCUAACCAAACAUAAAGUGCUCUUGCAUUCAUAUCCGUUGAGUCAGGUAGAGGAUACAUCUGAAAGGUUAAUAGUUAAUGAUAAUUACACUGACUGUAAUUGUAAAAUUAAUUUUCCACCAACACUUGCUUGGGCGAACAUUCUCAAUAAUGGACAAACUAUGCCAGAGGCAGGCAAAGACCGUAAAUUAGCAAUUGACACUUGUUUGGUAAGAAUUCUUAAGAGUUUUUGCACCAUUGAUCAUGAGGAUCUUGUUGCUCAGUGCCAAAACCAACUAAGACCACUGUUUUCUCCAGAUGUGAUAACAAUAAAACAAAGAGUUGAAGAGCUAAUCCAAAAAGGCUACAUUGAACGUGCCCAAGGUAACCACUCAAAAUAUAAAUACAUUGCUUAG